AUGAUUUCUUGUUUCUUAUAGAAAUCUUUAAUAAAUAGAUAAAGAUCAAAAUAAAAUGAAUAUUUAAUAAUAUAUGCUUAUUUUCUAUUUGAUUUUGGAUGGAUAAUUAAAUCAGUUAAAAUACUAAAUUAUCUUUUUUUAACUAAAUUUUCUUGUUCAGAACAAUAUUAAUCAUGGUAAGCUUAGUCUAAUUAAAAUCAAUAAUUGUAAGAUGAUGAUUUAGUAUUUAAAGAUUCAAAUUUUUAUUAAAAUGAUCUACAAAAAAGGAACAGCAUUUUACACUUUGAUUAUCUUCUAAAUAUUUAAGCUAAAUAUAUAAUUUAAUGUGGAAAGUCUUAAAUAAGUUAAUCAUUGAUAGGAUCAUCUUUAGAGGCAACUUAGUAAUCAAUUACAUAAGAAUAUAUUGAGACUUCAUUAAAAUCUGAUAUUCGUAUUAGAUAUUUAGAAAUAAAAAUUGUGGAAGUAUUAAUAUUAAAAUAACAAUUGUAUAAUAAUUUAAGAAAUACAAGUUUGUAAUAUUAAAAUGAUAUUAAUUUUAAUAAAUAAUUAUAUUAAUUAUGUGAACAAUUAUAUGAAGUGGAUAAACUGUUAAAAUAAAAAUUUAAAAAUACUCCUACAUAAAAAAUUCAUAGUUUAUAUACAUUUUUUUAAGGAGAAAUUUUAUGUAAUUAUAAUAAAUCAAUAUAAUUUUAUAAAAAUUCAAGAGGUUUUGAAAUUGAAUCCAAUAAAUUUUAGCAAAUUUUAAAUUAUAAUAUGAAUUAACAAAAUUUUCAUUAUGUCAUUUUAGAAUUAUGUGAUGAUAUGCAAAAUUUAACCUUGAAAGGAUAAUCAUAAAAUUUUUAUGAUAAUUAUGGAUUGAAUAAUGAAAAAUAAAGAUUGUUUGAACAUUUAUUACCUGAUUGUUUAAUUCCAUAUCAUAAUUUAUAUGUAAAAUAAUUUUUUGAAAAAGGAACUAGUAAAUAUUUUAAUAUUUUCAGAGUCAAUUUUAUAAUGAAUAAUUAACAUUUAUUAACAAUUGUAAAUAUGUGUCAUCGAGUGACUGAUUUAUUCAGUAAUAAUAAUGUGACUUUUGCUGUAUUUUUAUAAUAGGCAACUUAAGAUUAAGCUUUUUUAAUCAUAGAUGGAAAUAACUUAAAGUGUACAUUUACAAAAAACCUUCUUAUAUUAUUAGGAUGGUCAGAAUAAUAAAUAAAUUAAUUUUGUAUACUAAAAGAAUUUAAAUAAAUUGAAAUAUCGUAAAUUUAUCCUAAUUUUGCAAUAAUUCUUAAACAAUUUUAAGAAAAAGAAAAAAAAUAAAGUUCAGUAAAUUUAUAUUUUCCAUCACCUCAAAGUAGUUUUGAAUCAUUAUAAAGAGAAAUAAAGAUAUCAAAUAUCAAAUUUAAAAAAAUUGAAUGUGAUAUUUUAAUAGAAAGAAAACAAAUAGGUAAUUAUUGUUAUUAUAUAUUGAAUAUAAUAAAAAUGGCAGAAUUUAAUAGAGGUAGAUAAUUUUCAUAGAUAUUUUAAAAUCCUAUUAAAUAAAAUGAAUCAAUAAAUUAAUCAUUAUAUUAAGAUUGUAUAGUAGAUUUAUAAGAUGAUUCACCACAUAUUGGUAAUUUAAAUAGUGUGAAUUUUAUAAAUUAAUAAUAAAUUGGAUCUAUAUAAAAUAUUUAAAAACCUACAUAGCAAUAACUUAAUACAAUAAUAUAAGAUAAUAAUUCACCAGUAUUUAAUUCAAGAAGAGAAGAAACUAUUAAUUAAAGUGAAAAAUUAUUAAUGACUCAAAGAAAUAGUUAAAUUAAAUAACCAAUAAUAUCACCAAGUUCUUAAAAUGAAUAGAGUUUAUAAAGUAAUGAAGAUAAAGAACAUUCUUAAAGAAAAACUGUAAGAUUAGAACUUAACGAAAAUUCAAUUGAGACAGACAAAAUGCAUAAAAAUAAUGAAUUACUUUAAUAGAUUUUAUCAAAAAGUCCAUCAAGAUAUCAAUAGAAAUUUAUGUAUCUAUUUAGUAUUUGGUUUUCUUUAUUUAUUAUUUUUAUUAUAGUACAAUAUAUAGAACUUAGAAAUGAUUUGGAUAAUUUUUUAUCUUUUGGAAUUAUGACAUCAUUUUAUGCUUCAAUAAUGGGACCUCAUGAUCUAUUUUUUUCUAUGAGAAUCACAAUAACAGCUUAUUAAUAAAUGAAUAGAGAAGGUUUUUUACCAAGUAGUAAAUUACCUUAAUUAAUUUAACCAUAUUAAGAUUCUGUUUAAUUAGGAUAUACAGAAUUAAGAGAUAGUCUAUAUGAUUAAUUAAAUAAUUAAUAUAUCUAAAGCUUUUUAGAUGAAGUAAAUGUUACUAUGUAUUUUAUGAAUAAGAAUGAUAGAGAAAUUUAUGGUAUUGAUAUUUCAUUUAGAGAUGCUUUGUUUAUUAUUUUAUAAUAUUAAUAUGCUCAAAUGAUACACUUACAUUAUCGUAUAAGUACUGUUGCUAUGCCAUAUUAAAUAUCUUUAUUUGCUAAUUAUUUUAUGCUUCAUAAAGAAAGUGAAAAAUUAACUAUUUCAAUGUAUGAUUAUGCAAUUAAUAUGCAUUAAAAUUUGAAUUAAAAAUUAAUAGCUUUAUGGGUAGUAUUUAAUUUUGCUUUAAUAAUUAUUUACAUAUAUUUAUAGAUUUAUUAGAUCAAUUUUUUUCAAUAAUUAGAUAAAUUUAUUUAACUUAUAUUUUUAAUAGAUGAACCAAUUUUAAAUAAUGAAAUUCAAAGAUUUAAUGAUUUAUUAGAUUCUAUUAAAAAUAAUUCUGAUAUAUUAUUCAUGUAUAAUCCUGAAAAUUAAUUAUAAUUACUUUUAAAGAAACCCUUACAUUUUUAAAAACAUUAAAACUAAAAUUACAAAUAAAAAUAGAAUUAUUAAUCUGUUAAUAAAAAAAGAAAUAUAAUUAAAAUUCUCAAUUCAACAUUUCUAAUCUUUUUAUUGUCAAUUAUUCUUAUAUUCUCUUUACUAAACAUUAUAUCCACUACCCUCUUUUUUAAUAAAUAUGAUGACACACUAUAAUUAUAUCAAUAAAUUUAAGAAAUGAAACUUAGAUCAGGCAAUUUAUUUUUAUAUAGAGAAAUAUCUUUGAGAUGGUCAAAUUUUACUUUUUUAACAGAAGACAAUAAAUUAUAACUUUAUGAUUUAAUUGAUAAAGCAUAAAAUGCAAUUUCUAAUUAUAUUUAAUUAUCAAAUACAAUUAAUGUAGAUACUUAUUUGAUAGAUUAAAAUCUCAUAGAUUUGUUUGAAAAUCUUAAUUUACAUACAGUUUGUGAAUAAAUUGAUGAAGUAAUUUAUUUGAUAAUAUUAGAAAUUUAAAAAUCUAACAUCUACAUAUUGUAGUUUAUCAUUUGAUGGAUCAUUAUCUAAAGGAAUGAUUACAGCAUUGAGUUACAUUUCAAAUUUAAUAAAAUCAUAAUAAGCAAUUAACAAUUUUACUCGUAGAGUUGAAAUGCAAUAUUAUGAAUAAGAAGGAUCAUAAAUUGUAGGUAGAAUAUUUUCUGUUCUAGUCAAUCAAUUUAAUAUUAGUUUAAAAGGAUAAUUUGAUGAUAUGAAAUUAUAUUUAACAGUAUCAUUUUUAAAUAUAUUAUAUUAGGUCUUAUCGAUAUCAUUUAUCAUUAUAACUAUUGGUAUACAAGUCUUACUAUUUUAUUAUUAUUCUCCAUAUUUAGGUAGAAUUAUGAAAAUAAUAAAAAGAGUGAUUCACUUAAUACCUUUUGAAUCAUUAAUGAAUAAUGAAAUGGUAGAAAGAUAAUUAAAAGAACUAAAUUUUAACUUUUAAUGA